CGUGUUAAAGGGACCAGCUGUCGGUUGGGAAAACAUCUGUCGUUCAAACGCGUGAAUCAACAUAAUGGAAAAUGUAAAUAGUAGUAAAAUGUUAGCUGGAUAUGCAAUCACUCUUGUGUAUACAUUGCUGAAAUAAACAUUAAAGAAAAUUUAUUUCGAAUAUCAGUUUAGAUUUUCUUCUUUGCAAGGUUGUGAUUAUUUAUAAAAGAAAGAAAAUCAACUGUGUUUAAAAUGGAUAGAGCAUAAUAUAUUGUGUUAUAUCAUAUAAAAUACAGUGCAAUGUAUAUGGACGUUUCGAUGGAGCACAUGCGGCCUGACAAAGCCGAUCGUCCGGUGGAAGCGGCACAAUACGCAUCGCAAAGCCAGCAGAGGCAACCUUUUAUCCCGACCAACAUGUUCCUACAUGGAUAUAAGGACUGCGCGCAAGAGGCACUGUGGUACCUUACAGAAGUAGAGAAGUUACCUCCAGAUCAUUCUACAGUUGUAGGACUAAAGGAACAUCUUUAUGAAGAAUAUCGUUUGUUCCGGAUGCAACAUAUGCUCAGAAAUGCCUUACAAAUGUGUAAUGAAGAAGAUAUGUAUAAAGCACUACCCGGUACAAAGCUUAAUCAAGAGAGAGAAAACGAUGUAGAUACCUUUGAUGUGAUACUAAAUGGCGCUAAAGAAAGCGUCACUAAGUGUGCAAUACAAUCAGAAUCUGUGCCAAAAUGUGAGAAAAAUGUACAAGAAUGCUCUUUUACAGCUAACACAGACAGUGUACAGAAAAACAACAAAGGUAUUUCGAGUAAUUUCGAAGAACAGUCUGUAAAAAGUCCAAUGUUUGAGGAUCAGGAAAAUGACUCUGAAACUGAACUUUCACCUGAAGCUUACAAGGUAGCUGUAGCACUUGCUGAGGAAAUCUACUCUCUACUUCAAGGUCAAGAUGAUGUCAUCGAAGAGCAAGGUGAUCUAGAUUACUGGAGUGAUACCGACAUUGAGAAUGAAAGUGCUGACGAAGGCUUCGAAGAAAUGAUCGAACCUUAGUAUUUCUUUAUGUUUCUGUUGAAUAUCUUUGGUUUUAUUUUUACAAAACUAUUUAUUUCAAAUGUUACUUUUUACAUACAUAUUUCUUCUUUGUUUAGAAUUGUACAUUUUAUAUUUACAACAGGUUCAAGUUACAUGUAGACAUAAUUGAGAUUAACUAUAGUUUUACCAUCAUAUAUAAAACAUUGAUUUUCUUCAAGAAAUGAAAGCUUACGCCGUAGUCAGUUUCCAUCUAUGGAAGAGAGCAAGCGUCAAUACGCUGAUCGGCAAUUGAUGUCCUCCAACUAUCUUUAAUUACCAUUUACCGAGUAAUAUGAAAAUUAAUUAACCUUUACCUUGCUAAAGUUCUAAAAUGGACUGGCCAUCAUUCAGUUUGGGCAAUACCAUUUAUUAUUAGAAUGGGUGUUCACUGAAAAUUUACUGACUGAAUAGCGAACAGUGCAGUCCAUGAUGUGCAGGCUGAUCUUGGUCUGCACUGGUCGCAAAGGCAGAAUCACUUGCCGCCAGCAGGCUAAAGGCUAAAUGUUUAAGUUUAAGGAAAUUCUGUUCCCGAAUUUCAUUCAGUAUUCUUUCUACUCCAUCAUUCAUCAUCUGCGUUCUACGAUUGUCUUUUUACUCUCUUUCGGCGAUAGACAAAUAACAAUAUUUCCUAUUUUAUUUUAAUUAAUAGAUUUUCCUUCCUAUGAAGAACCUACCUGUGUUUAUUAUUUGGAUUGUGCCUUUACGCAUGUCCCAAGCAUGUCAGCAGGGUUCCUUCUUGGUCGCUAAGGAGUUAUAUCUGAAUGUGGUUAUGUUUUAUAUAGUCUAUUGGCCCAUUUGAUUGAGGUAUUUUCAGUGCAUUUGUCUUGGGUUAUGAUUCUUGCAUUCGUUUCGUCAGAAAAUCUUGUCCAAUGUAAAAAGUUUUUGUUCCUGUCAGUUUGCACCUCGUCGUGUUUUCUUUUUUGCUUCAUUUCAUUUGCGCAUACCAUUAAGAUUAUAAGAUUCUUUCACUGGUUAUAGGUGCAGAUGGGAAUUUCCGGCCUCGAGGGUAACUGUUUAGAAGGUAACGAGACCGAGUUGCCGCCUAAACAGUUACCCGAGAGCCGGAUAUUCCCAUCUGCACCUAUAACCUGUGACAGAAUCUUUUUCUUGCAUACCGAUAUCAAGAUAUAAUAAUAAAAAUAAAAUCAGUCAAACGGCUUUCUUUUUAGAACUAUUUCUUAUAGCAGCGUAUUUAAACAAAGCGCGAGAAAUCAACGUCCGAGAACAGGAAAGACGUCAUGACGUUUCAAAGACAAAUAACAAUGUUUAGUUUCACUUUUGUUUUAUCAGUUCCAGCGUAACGUUAUGAAUUUUUGAUAAAAUAACGUGUUUUGAAUCGAGAAAUAUACUAUCAGGAACAAAGAGGAACUGUCAAGGUACUGGAUUUUUAUUCCGUUUUUCGAAAUAAAAUAUAAAUAAUUACAUAAAUCUUCUACAUAUAUGUAGUUCAUAAUACGUCAUUUAAAGCACGAGAGUCAUCUUACACCCCGGGGUGUAAGAUGGAUUUUUCCAGCACCGGUAAACAUACCGGAAAUCCCCGUCUGGUAUGCAAGAAAUGUACUAUUCGUCGUAUGUGCCUUGUCAGUGAGUCUAGACAUUUUAGUGUUAAAUUGAUUUGCUCACCGUUGUAUAUUUUCAGUUUAGUCAGUUUUAAGGGAGCUGUUAUUAAAUGAUUAAGCUAUCAGCUUUUCUGAUACAGAAAAUUGCUACAGAAUCUUCAAAAUGUGGCUGAAAUUUCACGAAUUCUAUUGUUGAACCGUUUAUAUUUUGGACAGGCUAUGGUCGUUUUAAAUAAAAAUAGUUAAAUACUGUUUAGCGCAUCUCUAAAAAUACAUUCAGAUUAAAUUGAAAUUCCGUAUACGGAAUGAAAGCAAAUGUAAGGCAGACACUUUUGCAUUGGCCAAAAAGUUUUGGUUGAAUUAUAAUCCUUUAACUGAACGGCGUUUUCCUUUGAAUUCAUUCAGAAAGUUUAUAAUUUUUCAUAGGGAGAUUUGGUACGUUACGUAUCUAUCUUUCUUAUUUAAAAUAAACUGCAAUAUGCAUUCUCAAUGCGCACGAUUACUAGUUCCUUUCCCCUAUAAAUUAUUAUUGACAGAGUUAUAUUCCUUUUCUCUGAUCAGAUUGUGUUAAAUUUAUACAUUUGAUAGGUUAUUUGAACGACGUCUAAUUUUAAACGAACAAGUUUUGAGUCUAUGUCGGUCUUGAUCUCAUCUGUCUGACUUAAGUUUUAUUUGAUCUCUUUGGUAUAUUUUAUUUGAUCUCUUCGAUCUAAAUUUGGUUCUGUUUGAUCUCUUCGGCAUUAUAUUAUUUUUGUUUGAUCUCUGCAGAUCCCUGCGCCAUGAAAUAUAUUUAUUGUAUGGAGAAUUGUUGUGUUAUAUUAAAGUAUUGUUUUAUAGACUGUGUUGUAUUUUCUGUUCGCAUAAUGACAGUAACAUUUGCUUAGUCUUGAUGACAUGCCAUGAAUAUACUACCACUUUAGAUUUUAUACAGUUUGCCGGGUUGUAGUUAUGAAUAUAGCCAGUCUAUCCCUCUGAUCCGUGACAUUCCAUGCAAAGCAUGAUUGCAAAUUAUCUAGAUACAUGUACACUGCUGACUAGUGUACAAAAUAAACCAACU